GCCAAGGUCGCAUCCAACCAAUCGACCUGCUCCAUGUUGAAGACAAACGCCUCAGCUUUCGCCUUACUUUUGGGAAGCAUAUUUCUAGUAGCUGUUUCUGCUAAUGAGCUUUCUCGUUGUUGUGCGGGUGGAGCAAGACAUUUCCAGCAGACACAUACCUGUUCAAACAUCAAAUCAGAAGGGUCGAAGGCCACAUGUUUGAGAACGGCAUCGAUUUGUUGCUUGCGUGCAUUGUUGGACUCCGCAUGUGAAGAAGGUACCGAUCUUGCGAGACAGGAUGAAACAUGCCCGUCGAGUAUAAACUUACUGGGCGGAGGAUUACGAAAGGAAUGUUGCGAAUGCUGUCUACUGGCUAACGAACUUUUGGCAAAAAAUCAACCCUGCAUUCCACCUACAGGAUUUUCGGCUGCAUGUUUGAGGGCUUUCUCACGUUGCUGUCAGGGAACAUUCGAAUUCACUCAGACAAUUCCGAUAUCAACUGGUCGACCAAACUUUGCAGUCUCUGAAAACAACGCCGUCUAUCUGGGUGAUCGAUGCGCUCAUUCGAAAUGCGAACAUUUUUGCAAUGAUCGAGGAGGAGAAAGCGUUGAAUGCACGUGCAGACCUGGGUACGAUCUAGGCCCGGAUGGUCAGAGCUGUGUCGACAUUGAUGAAUGUCUUUUGUUGAUGGAUGAUUGCCUGGAAUCUCAACGAUGUCUGAAUCUACCAGGAUCAUUCAAAUGCAUUCGAACACUUUCAUGUGGUACCGGAUACGCCAUGGACUCAGAGACCGAGGAGUGCCUUGACGUGGAUGAAUGCACCCUCGGUGCUCAUGAUUGUGGUCCGCUUUAUCAAUGUCGCAAUACUCAAGGAAGUUAUAGAUGUGAUCUGAAGAAAUGUGCGGAAGGUGAGCUGCAGAACCCAGUGACUGGUGAAUGCACAAGUAUCGAAUGCCCACAGGGAUAUUAUCCAUCCAAUGGAAUGUGCCUUGAUUAUGACGAAUGUGCUGACCCAGAUCGUUGUCUUCCUACAGAGGAAUGUGUGAACACAGUUGGUUCUUUCCGUUGUCAACUAAGGAACAACAUAUGUUCACCCGGUUACGAAUUUAACCCGAACACCGGAUUCUGUGACGAUAUCAAUGAAUGUUCAAACAAGACGAUUUGUGAUGGAUUAUUGUGUAUAAACCUGCUUGGCAGCUAUAAAUGCCGUUGUAAUGCUGGAUACGAAUUUAAUGAAAAGACAAAACGUUGCGAGGAUGUGGACGAAUGUGAGAAGUUUUCGGGCCACGUUUGCGAUUUUUCGGCUGAAUGUGUAAAUACAAUUGGAUCAUUCAUUUGCAAAUGCAACAAGGGAUACAAGUUGGCUGAAGAUGGAAGACGAUGCGAAGAUAUCAACGAAUGUGAAACUGGAGAAGCCGACUGUGAACAGAAAUGUAUCAACAUUCCCGGAUCAUACCAGUGCAUUUGCAAUCGAGGGUAUACAGUCGGAACUGAUGGAAAGACCUGCGUUGAUAUCGACGAAUGCAAACUUUGGGCUGGUGCUGAUAAUGAUUUGUGUAUGGGAGGAUGCAUAAACACCAAAGGCUCAUACCUCUGUAAGUGUCCACCUGGAUACAAAAUUCAACCGGAUGGACGAACAUGUGUGGAUAUCGAUGAAUGUGCCCUGGGCGAAUGUCAGGGACAUGAUCGAAUCUGUGUCAACACUCUUGGUCACUACAAAUGUCAUCAUAUUGUAUGCCCAGAGAAUUAUGUCCACGACAGUAACUAUAAAAACCGUUGUAAUCGUCUUCGUUCGGUUUGCGCUGGUUUGAGUGAUGCUUCGUGUAAAGCUCGUUACCCGGUACAUAUUACUUGGCAGUACAUCGCAAUUCCCAAAGGGAUUGCCAUCACUUCGCAUCGCCCAACGAUCACCCUGUUCACCAUCAAAGGCCCUGCUCACAAUGACUCAAUCGUCCAGUUCGAGCUCAAUCUUAAACGGGCUAUUCCGGAAUCACCAGCUGUACUUUUGGCAAUCCGCCAGAACUUUCUCCUACAAAAAGGACGAGAUCGAAAUUCAGCAGUGAUCGCUGUUCGAGAUACAUUGGAUGGACCGCAAACCAUUGAACUGGAGCUUAUUCUGAGGCUCACGAAGAGAUCCCAGUUCACCGGGAAAUAUAUUGCCAAUUUGAUAGAUGGAUACUCCUGUCUGAAAUCUUGUAAACAAGGCGAUGCUGCAUGUCUUGGAAAUCAUACUGAAGAAAUCCUGUACCAAUUUCGAGCUCUUCCCUCUACGAAAUCGAUCAACAACCCAAUUGAGGUAUCCCGGAUUCGAACGCUUCUGGAAGUACCGUUCUCUGUCUCAUAUUACAUGGAUAGGGUCGGCCGACGUCAUUUCACUGUUGAGCAGGAUCAAAACAUA